UCUUGAACCAAAAGAAAGACGAAAAAAGAAAAGAAAAAAAAAGAAAAGAAAAACCCCUCCUUCUAUCUCGCUCCCUUCGCUGCGAACGCCUCAGUGAUCAGAGAUGGCAAAUGACAUGUUGAAACAUGGAGAUGAUCCCCCUGGCUAUACUUCACCAUUACAAUGGCUUAAGGAAAGUGAAAUCCCUGUUAAAAACGAUGAAGUUGCUAACUUCAUGGGGACUCUCAACAAUCGUAAUGCUUCUGGAGUUGAUGAUAUAACCAUGCCAUGUACCACAACACCGUUCUCUCUUUUUCCUUUUGGAGACAUGUAUGGAACGACUAACUCUUAUGCCAUGGAAAUGCCGCUGACUGGUAUAAAUUUAAUGACCGAUGUCACUCCAUUCAGCAACUCUCAGAAUCCAUUUUUUGACUAUGAUUCUGUAUACGCGGAGGGUCAUACACCGGUCCUACCAAGCCCAGUUUCAAAUUUUCUUGGUUUGGAAGGGAAAAAAACUGAAUUUAGUCAAUAUCACAUCCUUGAUUAUUCAGUGCCUCCUGAUAAUGUGGUCAGUGCCACGUCCGAUGUCAACAUUAUUCAAAAUUCUUAUGUUCACAGGAAAUUAGUAACUGCUAAAGGAAAUUCAGCAGCAGCCUUAGAAAGUAUCCAGCGGAGUGAAGAACUAAAUAGUAAUACAGGUAGGCCUCAGCUAUUAAGAAAUUUCAUAAGUGAUGGAGUUAGCAAUACUGUGCCAUCCCAUGCCAUAGAUGGUGUAGACAUUGCGCUAAAUAACAAUUUCAUGGCAAGUGAAGUUCAAGAGGAUUGUCCAGACAAAUUUGAUGCGAGUCUCCUAACCCUGGGAAUUGGCACGAAGACGGAGGAUUUAUCUAAAUCUAAUAGAUCAGGAAUAAAUGUCACUAAUAAUUUUGGAAGGGUUGCCCUUCCUCAACCAAAUACUUUCUAUGGUCGAAAAGAAGACAGAGGUUCCUUGAAUCCUUCCUCUGAUGUGGCUGCUGGUUUCCCUUGUCUUCAGAACAAUGUGGGUGGAUUUGCUGUGAUGAAAAACAAUAUGCCACAAGAUGAUGACCAACAUCAUUUUCUUAUACCGGGAAACAGGAAUGUUUGUCUUGGCGUUGAGGGGAACUGGGAUACAAGAUCUGCAUAUAUUGAUCCUCCUAAUGACAGUUUUCAGUACAGCCCUGCUGGCAAAUGGGUUGGCAUUAUCACCUUCUUCGAGUACAAGUACUUGUCUGACUGUAUCUGA